AUGGAUUCGAGGAUAGCUUUCUCUGGCUGUGCUCUGCUACUGGUGGUCACACUGUUGCCUCUUUCCGCAAAUGCGUCGAGCAAACUCCACAUAGUGUACAUGGGGGAGAAGAAACAUGACGAUCCAUCUGCUGUCACGGCGUCACACCAUGACAUACUAACCUCCGUUCUUGGGAGCAAAGAUGAAUCGUUGAAGUCGAUAGUUUACAGUUACAAACACGGAUUCUCUGGGUUCGCGGCAAUGCUCACCAAAACCCAAGCUAGGACGUUGGCAAAAUUUCCUGAAGUUAUAAGUGUGAAGCCUAACACUUACCACAAGGCGCACACAACUCGAAGCUGGGACUUCCUUGGCCUUGGACACAACAAAUCACCACAACAAACUGACCUCCUCCGAAAAGCGAAUUACGGUGAAGAUAUCAUCUUCGGGGUGAUCGAUUCAGGCAUAUGGCCUGAAUCACGAAGUUUUGAUGACAACGGAUACGGCCCUGUGCAGGCACGGUGGAAAGGCAUAUGCCAGACCGGAACAACGUUCAAUGCAAUGAGUUGCAAUAGAAAGAUCAUCGGCGCACGGUGGUACUCCGAGGGAAUUAAUGCCAUGCACCUCAAGGGGUGA